AUGGCUGCCAUGGUUGCAUUCUUGAACUUGGUCAUCAUGCUUUCAGUAGUCACUAGUGGAAAGUCACUGAGCUUAAACUACUAUGAAAAAACAUGCCCUAAAGUAGAGUGCAUUGUUGCCAAGGCAGUGAAGGAUGCCAUGGCUAAGGACAAAACUGUUCCGGCAGCACUUCUGCGAAUGCACUUCCAUGAUUGUUUCGUUCGGGGGUGUGAUGCCUCCGUGCUGCUAAACUCAAAAGGAAACAGCAAAGCAGAAAAAGACGGGCCACCAAAUGUUUCUUUGCAUGCAUUCUAUGUCAUUGAUGCAGCAAAGAAAGCAUUAGAAGCUGCAUGCCCUGGUGUGGUCUCUUGUGCUGAUAUCCUUGCUCUAGCAGCAAGGGAUGCAGUUUUUCUGUCUGGAGGACCUACAUGGGAUGUUCCUAAAGGAAGAAAGGAUGGUAGAACAUCUAAGGCCAGUGAAACCAGGCAACUACCUGCUCCGACUUUCAACUUAUCACAACUGCGACAGAGCUUCUCUCAAAGAGGACUAUCUGGGGCAGACCUGGUAGCUCUGUCAGGGGGGCACACUUUGGGUUUCUCUCACUGCUCAUCUUUCCAGAGCAGACUCCACAACUUCAAUGCUACGCAUGAUAUUGACCCUUCAUUAAAUCCAUCGUUUGCAGCAAAACUGAAAUCAAUUUGUCCACUAAAAAAUCAGGCAAAAAAUGCAGGCGCCACUAUGGACCCUUCUUCAGCAACUUUUGAUAAUACAUAUUACAGGUUGAUCCUCCAACAUCAAGGAUUGUUUUCCUCUGAUCAAGCUUUGCUCGAUAAUCCUGACACCAAGAAUCUGGUUACGAAGUUUGCCACCUCCAAAAAGGCCUUUUAUCAGGCUUUUGCAAAUUCCAUGAUCAAAAUGGGUGGCAUCAAUGGUGGACAGGAGGUUAGGAAGGACUGCAGAGUGGUCAAUUAA